AUGGGAACUGCCGUGUCCAAAAGGAAGAAUUUAAGAAACGAUGCGAUAUCUUCUGUGGCAGCAAAAGUUAGAGCAGCGCGAGCGUUUGGAGAGAACCUGUCCCACACACACUCUGAAAACCGAAACGGAUCAGCUCAUCUUCUGUGUGAAACCUUGGUGGGUCCCGACCCAGAGUCGCCAACUGACACGAUUGGCUCCAACAACAACAACCACCUCCAUCCCUGUACUAACACAACCAAGGGCUGUGACGAUAACCCAGAGCCCAGCCUGGUGAAGCAGCCGCUGGGCUUGCUCCAGCCACCUCCGCCCUCCAUCACCAUUUCUACCAAGCCGGCGCGGUUGUCCCUAGAGCGCAGCUUUUCAGCGGAAGAAGACCAGCAGAAGUGUGUUGAGUGCACCCUUCAGCCUGCCCGUGUGUACACCAUCACUACCCAGCACGGUAUGCUGAUGAGCAGCGGCCGGGGCAGCAAGGAGAGCCUAGAACUGGACGUCCUGAAGGAGAAGUCGGGGAGUGGUGGGGUGGGAUCCAGAGGUGGCUUGAUCCAGGCCUCCACUUCCCCUUCCUCCACCUCUUCGUCUCCGACCCAGUACCGCCACACCAGCAGCGGCCGUGGCACCAGCAGCUGUGGUAGCAGCCACCACCACAGCAACCAUCACCACAGUAACCAUCAUCACGGGAACCACCACCACCACGCUGUCAUGGGCACCAAUGCGCCCUCCAGCAGCGGAGGAAGCAGCGGGGCAAGUGGAAGCAGCAGUAGCACCCAUCAGCAGCAGCAAUCUCUAAACGUCGCCGGGUCCCACUCCCAUCAUACAUCACACCACUCCCACCACCACCAUCACCUGUCUCAACCCCCGCUGCAGACCUCCGUCAGUGCCCACAAUAUUCGCAGCUGGGGUGAGGGUGGAAAAGGGGAGGCGGAGUGCAGCGGGCUGGCCUGUGACUCGUGCAGCGGAGCCCCCUCGCGGAGCCAGGGCUCCCUGGACCUGGAGAGUGCACCCCGAGAGGCAGGCAAGCAGCACAGACGCCUAGAGCGGAUGUGGAGUGUGGACCGGGUGACUGGGCUGGAGAGAGAGGACACUAACUGGUUCCCCAAGGAAAAUAUGUUCACCUUUCAAACUGCCACAACAACCAUGCAGGCGUGAGUGGCUUUCCGGGGAUUUGUGCAGAGAAAAAGGAGAGAGAGGGAGCAGGAUUCGGCAGAAGUCAUCCAGAGGAACUUCCGGAAGCAUCUUCGGAUGGUGGGCAGCAGAAGGAUUAAAGCACAGACAUUCGCUGAGCGUAGAUCGAAGAGUUUCAGCCGUUCCUGGAGUGACCCCACCCCUGUCAAGACUGACUCUCCACAUGAACCCAGAGACAGCGGAGACCUGCAGAGCUCCUGUGCCACCCUGGACGAAGGAGGCCUCGACGACACUUUAGACUGGGAGGAGGAGAGAGAGAUGGAGCGACUUGCCUGUGAGGGGGAUGACUUUAUACCUCCCAAAAUCAUGCUGAUCUCUUCUAAGGUCCCCAAGGCGGAGUAUGUGCCCACUAUAAUCCGCAGGGAUGACCCGUCCAUCAUCCCCAUACUCUAUGACCAUGAACAUGCAACUUUUGAUGAUAUUUUGGAGGAAAUAGAGAAGAAGCUCACAGCUUACAGGAGGGGAAGCAAGUUCUGGAGGAUGCUCAUCUUCUGUCAGGGAGGCCCUGGUCAUCUGUAUUUACUGAAGAAUAAAGUGGCGACCUUCGCUAAGGUGGAAAAGGAGGAAGACAUGAGCCAAUUCUGGAGGAGGCUCAGUCGCUUCAUGAGUAAAGUCAACCCAGAACCCAACCUCAUCCACAUAAUGGGAUGCUAUGUCCUUGGCAACCCCAAUGGAGAAAAGCUGUUCCAGAAACUGAAGAAUCUGAUGAGGCCUUAUUCUGUCGAGUUCGAGUCACCGCUGGAGCUGUCUGCACAGGGCAAAGAGAUGAUUGAGAUGUACUUCGACUUCCGCCUCUACCGACUUUGGAAGACACGCCAGCACUCCAAACUCUUGGACUAUGAGGAUUUUUUGUGA